AUGAACAUAACUAAGACAAUUUUGUGGACGGACUCUCAAGUAACACUCACAUGGAUCAAGGCUCAUCCAUCAAGAUGGAAGGAUUACGUACACAACCGCGUAAUCAAAAUUCAAGAACUCUCAAGGAACGCUCAUUGGAGGUAUGUGUCAGGCACAUCAAACCCAGCUGACUGUGCAUCGCGUGGGAUAUCCACAGAUCAGCUGGAAAAGCACACUCUAUGGUGGACGGGACCACCAUGGAUCACUCAAUCAAUGGCAUCAUGGCCGGCUCAGGUCAAAGAAGCUCCUAAUGACUCAUGCGCGCAAGAAGCUUGUUCUCGUGUUGUACUUCACACGGUACGAUCUUCUCCGAGUUAUCAGUGGGAUCUUAUUCAUCGAUUCUCAACGCUCAACAGGUUGCUCCGAGUUACAGCUCUCUGCAGUAGAUUUAUCAAGAGGCUCUCAGGAGAGCUUGACUCGACACCAGCAGCCUGUACCUCAGUUCAAAGCAUGGAAGACUCUCGACUCUUUUGGGUCAAGGCUACUCAAUCGGCGUACUAUUCAGAAGAAAUCUCAGUGCUCUCAAGACAAUCUCAGCUGCCAAGCUCGCACCCACUCUCUAGGCUCACCGCAUUCAUUGAUGCCGGUGGUGUGCACAGGAUGGACGGUCGCCUCUCAAGGUCCAAACUCAUGUACGAGGCCAAACAUCCAGCAAUUCUCCCUCGUAGCUCCAGGCUCUCAGAACUCGUCAUCGCCUAUGCUCACAAGAAAACGAUGCAUGGAGGCACUCAGUCGACUCUGGCACUCAUCAGACAACUCUACUGGAUCAUCGGAGGAAGAGCCCGUGUGUGCUCGUUACAGGGGGAUCCGUGCUCAGCAACUGAUGGGCCAACUACCUCAGGCGCGAGUCACUCCAUCACGCCCGUUCUCUCACACAGACAUUGA